UGCUCACCUUGUUGCUCUUCUCUUUCCAGGGGGAUGAGUGCCAAGAAGGCAGCGGCAGCAGGAAAGCCUCCACUUCGGAAAGGGGCAAAGCUAGCAGCUCCAGCAAAGGGGGUCCCUGUAAAGGCAGAUGCAGCCCUACCAAGCAACAGCACCAGACCCCAAGAAGUGCCCCUCAGCAGCCAUCCGAAAGAGCUGACGCGUGAAGCAAAGGCUGCACUCACGUUGCAGAGUGCCUUCCGCCGCAUCUUGGCAUGUCGUGAGAGAGCGAGGCGAUUGCAAGAGCGACAGGAGUACAAUGAGUUAAUGGACCGCCUCCAGAGAGAGGCCUUUGCUGCGCUGGUGAAGAGGGAGCGAGAGGAAGCUGAGCGGGAGAGAAAGAAAGAGGAGGAAGAGAAGAAGAAGCAGCGGGAGGAGCAGCAGAGGAGGAAGCGGAUGUUGGAAGCGGCCUUUGAUGGGGAUGUGGAAGAGAUGAAGGCCGUCCUGAAAGAGCCUUCCCACAUGCCCUUGUUUCAGUGAAAGCUCAGCAGAAGACACCAUGAGGUCACUUCCCCCUCAGGGCUUGUUCAUAUCAGAAGGAAGGGCCUGCAGAGUGCUCCAGUAGUGUUUU